UGAAAAAUAUCGAAUCAAAUACUUUCUUUCUUAUUCUCCUUCCUCCAUCUUUGUGUUCAUCAUUUUUACUCACUUUGUAGGAGAGACAAAAAAAAAAACCCUAGUUGGGCUUUCCCAUGAGCUUACUCACCAGACACACUGCUUGAUGAUCGAUCUGGUUCUCUUAUAUACAAGAAAUUAAUCAGCUUAUAUGGACCGACCGCAACGACGAGGGUAGAGACAGUAUACAACAAGAUGAAUAUGGCGAGCUGGAGAGAAGCAGACGACGACGUUUCAGGAGCUAGACGAGACGGAUCCACCGAAGCCGCCGCCGCCGCCAAUGGCAAAACCGUAAUUACGAAGCCGCCAUCUUCCUCAACCUCGUCGUCGUCAUGGUUAAGAUCGAAGGACCCGAGGAUCGUUAGGGUUUCGAGGGCAUUCGGAGGCAAAGACCGCCACAGCAAGGUGUCGACUUUGAGAGGUCUACGUGACAGGCGCGUGAGAUUAUCGGUCCCCACGGCGAUUCAGGUCUACGAUCUGCAAGAGCGGCUUGGCGUUGACCAGCCGAGCAAAGUCGUUGACUGGUUGCUCGACGCCGCCAAAGACGAGAUCGACGAGCUCCCUCCUCUCCCCAUCUCUCCGGAGAACUUCACUCUCUUCCCCCACCACCACCGUCAACACCAGCAGUUGAUCUUGAAUCUCAACCCGGGUCUCAGCACGAGUCAAGAACCGGGUCAACUCGGUUUCAAGAUCGGUGGAGACGACGACUCAACCCUCGCUAAUCACGAGGACGAAGAACAAGAUCGCGGUCGCGAGGAAGAGAACGACGAGCGGGGCAAGAACGACGUCGGUUUGGGAACCAACAUUCACCAUCAUCAUCAUGUUGGAUCAUCAUAUGGAACUUACUACAAUAUGGAACAUCAUCAUCAACAUCAUCAUCAUUCGAGUUUUCAGACAGAACAUCAUCAGAACCAUAACCUUGUCCCGUUUCCAUCGCAAAUAUUGGUGUGUCCGACGACAAAUGCGACGACACAGUCUUUGUUUCCAUCGCCGAUGGAGAUGAUGGAUCCGAGACAAAUGGUGAGCCAGUUUCAGUUACCGGCCUCGUCACGAAACGUGUCGGCUCUAUAUUCUUUGAUACAUGGGUUUGGUGCUCAUCACAAUGCUCGAAUGCCGGUUCAGUUCAAUCAGGCUAAUACCUCGGCCGCAAACGCAAACGCAAACGCAAACGCCGGUAACGUGCCCACGAUUCUAGGCUCGGAGAGUAGCACGAGUGGAGGAAGCGAUCAUCCGAAUUGAUUUUAUGAAGGUGAAAGAAAUAUAUUCAACGCAUGAGAAUGAGAAGAGAACUCGAGGUUGGGCUCGGUCGAAAAGCAAAAUAAGGUAUAAUGUAUUGUUUUUCGGAUAUGGUCAGCUUUCAACACAUCUUCGAUCGCCUAACGUUUUGUUUUAUUUAUAAAUGACUUCUGUUUUGAUCUCAA